CGGUGGAGCUGGAGAAGAGCACUAGUAACAACCAUCACAGCCCCCUCCCCGCCCGCCGCCCUCCCUCGGCACCCACCCACUCACCCGCCCCGUUUGCCGACACCGACCAACCCCACCUCUCGUUCCUUUGAACGGCGUCGGCUGCAGUCGCUUGCACCAGCCCGUCUGGCCACCAACGCCGCCGAGAAGGAGCUGCCGCUGCCUGCGGCCCCCGCCCGCCCCGGCCGCGGGAGCACAGGGUGAGGACGAGCCGGCUGCGGAGGAAGAGGACAGGAGCGGCUCGCACCCCUCUGCGCUAGCGCACAUCCCGCCGCCCUCCGGGGAGGCUCGGGCGCCGGCCCCUUCCUCCCCGAGGACGUGUGCCGAGCCGAGGCGCCUGCCCUGAGGGAGGAAAAUGCUCGGGCUCCAUGGCUGCCAGUGAUGGAGCGGUCCCUGGGCUCCCGCUGCCACUGCCGCCGCCGCGCCCCGGCUGUGCUCCGCGAGGACCCGGCGUCUCUGCGCGCCCGCCCGCGCCUCGUUGCUGGGCUCACCGUACCGGGCGCCCCGCCGCCGCCGCCCCGCUCCGAGCCUCGCCGCCCCGGCCCCAGCCGCGGCCAGCGUUUGCUCACGGAACAGCCGCCGCGAGCCCAGGGGGUUUGAAAGGCUCGCCCUCGAAGGCAGGAGCGGCCGGCGCCUUCGGCUGAGGAGGAGGAGAAGGAGGAACCGCG